CCACCCACUCAGUCUUGAUCAACGUUGUCACCAAACAGCACUGUCACGUGGCCCUGCUGGAGGAACCACAUUCUCGCUUCCUUCUUCCACAGUCAGCCGUUGGGGGUUGGCAGGGUCCCAGGCCACGGCAGGGGGUGCCUCGGCGGAGCCCGGCAGCGUGGACUGGGACCUUGUCACUAGAGCGGAGAAGCCACUUGUUUGGGGCCCACGAGGCAGCUAUCCCAUGCUCUGCUGAACGCGGUGCUAUGUCUCUGCGACUCCUGCUGCUGCUGUCCCUGCUGAGUCCUGGCAGUGGCUUCUGGCUGUGGGAGGAUGGAGCCAAAGCAGCUCCAGGCCCCCUGCUUGUCCGGGACCGCAGACAGGUGGCCUUCGAUGAUGACAUGGAUGAGGACUACAACCCGGAAAACACGGACCCCCCAGAAAUAAUUGGAAAUAGUACCUGGCUUGCGGACUCAGACCUCAGGCUUCUGACCACGAUGGGAACGCUGGGACAGAGAGGGUCAGCCGGGCCGGGGACCCCCGAGCCAGCCACUGCAGAGGUUGCCACAAGGGACUCUGCCAGCCUGGAGGAAGGAAGGACAGCCACAAAGACCCAGAGUGAGGGACAGGCCACGGAGUGGAUGCCAGUCACGUCGGACACUCUGGUCUCACAACCCAUCACAGAGGCUCCUUCCACAGAGGGGGCUCUCUCUGUGGGGCCGAAAAUGGAGUCUCGUCCCACGGGCCUUUCACCUACAGAGGCCCUGUCCACAGUGCCAGCAGCCACGGAGGCCCUGUCCACGGUGCCAGCAGCCACAGAGGCCCUGUCCACGGUGCCAGCAGCCACGGAGGCCCUGUCCACAGUGCCAGCAGCCACAGAGGCCCUCACCAUGUGGCCAGUAGCUACGGAAGCACAGACUGCUCAACCAGCAGCCACGGAGGUGGAGACUACAGAGCCCACUACCUUGAAGGCCCUGCCCACAAAACCCACAGUCAUAGAGGCUCUGUCCACAGAACGAACUACCACAGAAGCCCCUUCCACGGAGCCUAGUGCCACAGUGACCCUGUCCACAGAAUCAGCCACCGUGGAGGCCCUGCUCGUGCCCUCAGGUGCUCACGAGGACACCUCUGGGGCGACCCACAAUCUGUCAGACGAUGUGAGAAACCGGGGGCAGGUGUUACCCCCCAGGAGCUCCGUGGCCCCCAGCCCCACAGGGCCCCCCGACCGCAUGUCCGUGAAGCAGUGCCUGCUGGCCAUCCUCAUCCUGGCCCUGGUGGCCACCGUCUUUCUCGUGUGCACUGGAGUGCUGGCCGUCCGCCUCUCCCGCAAGACCCACACGUACCCCGUGCGCAAUUACUCCCCCACGGAGAUGGUCUGCAUCUCGGCCCUGCUGCCCGAAGGAGGCGAGGGGCCCCCCGCCACGGCCAACGGGGGCGUGCCCAAGGCCAAGAGCCAAGGCCUGCUGGAGUCCGGCGAGGACCGUGACGGGGAUGACCUCACCCUGCACAGCUUCCUCCCCUAGCUCCGCCUUCCCAUCAGCCUCCUUGCUCCCCGAGGGGCCCACCAGGCCCCACGGAGCUUCCAGAUCUCAGUUCCACAUGUCUGGGUUUGGAGCCCCCCGGGGCGGGCAUCUCUAGGGAAAGGACCCUCAGCUGCCCCAAACAGAACCAAGGGUCCAGCAGUCAGGGUCCAGCAGUCAGGCAGGGCUGGGGCCACCUCCUGCUUUGUUCUCUAGCGCAGCACGGCCACCUCCAGGCCAGGACAUUCCUGUCCCUACCUGGUCUGGGUCCCCCUAACACUCCCUGCUGCUGACCUCCCCCCCAGGCCACUGGUUUCACCCCUAUGCACCAAGGAAGACUGAGUUCCCACGCCCACCGCCAUGCUGGUGGCCAUGGUCUCUGGACAGGAAGGGGCGAUUAGACGGGCCAGAGAGCAGAGAGCAAUGGCUUCCCCACCAUUUCCCGCUGCUCCGACUGGGGGCCGCUCGGGCUUUCUCACGUACCUUUCUGGAGAACCCUGGGUGAGGCCUCAGUGUGUGAGGCUGGGGUGUCUUUCUUUCUUUCUUUCUUUCUUUCUUUCUUUCUUUCUUUCUUUCUUUCUUUCUUUCUUUCUUUCUUUCUUUCUUUCUUUCU